AUUUACUCCUUUCCGCGACGGUUCGGCCGUGGCGGACGGUCGUGCAUGGCCGACCCCAAGGCGAGCGCUGCCAAGGGCAAAUUCACGCGCUUGAAUCGCGUCGGAGUCCUUCCUGACAUUGGUCUGUACGCACCUGAAGCAAAGGAGAAGUCGCGGUCUGUAGCUGACGUCCACCACGAGUUUCUGUUGAACCAGCGGCAAGAGGUCGAAGACAUUUGCACGGGGCUCCAGGUCCGACUCGAGCAUGUGAAGAAGGUGCUGCCCGUACCCAAGACUGUCGAGGGCCCCGACGACACCCCGUCCAACGGAUGCGUUCCCAGUCCGCUCGAAAAGCGGAUCGAAGACGCAAUCGCCGCCGAGCAAGAAGAUGCAGACGCAGAGCUCACGCCGUUGGACCACAUGGCCAUUGCUCUCGAAGUGUGCCAAGACUUGUUUCCACACAUUGGCAAGGCACUGCACGACGAAGCCGGCGCGCAAGUCAAUGUCGAGUACACCCACGUGCUGCUGCAGAUGGUCGAGACGAUCGAAAAUUGCGUCCACGACAAAGUCGUACGAGAUCGCAUCGCCCGCCAGACGCGGCACGAAGUCCGCAGCCCCGAGAAAACGUCCGUCCAGUCGAGUCAGCUCUUGUCGCCGACAGCUCGGUUCAAACAAUUCCGGCACGACCAGGCCAAGGCGCCACCAAGUCGAAAGAUUGCUCCGAGCCCGUCCCAUCGAUCCGCUCCGUUUGAGCUCGAAUCGCUCCUCCACAAAGAACACAUCGGGACGGGGCCCCCGCUGCCCAAAGUCCACCGCGACAACACGUUCCGCCAAGUCCUCAAGUGCCGACAAUUCCCCCCGACCAAGGUGCCAAAGGACGAAGCGAUUGAAAAAACGUACUCGCAUUGCCCGAUCGAGUCGCGGUUUGACAUGCAGUCCGUGCACAUGGCCGUCGACGAGGCCAAGCACGUGGCAGGUUCGUGGAUCGUUGUCGAAUUCCCCAAGGCGCGGCCAUCGCUCACGUCAAGCCAAGUGGCAUAUCUGAGCCAGUGGCAAGCGGCGCGGUAUCGCAACCUGGUCGCGAUGAAAGGCGUGCACGACAGCGACGUCGUGCUGCAUUUGUACUUGGAGUACACGGACAGCGUCAUGUAUGAAAUGUGCCGCCUCCUCUUUGACAAGUGCCCGACGUCGGCCAACGUACUCUACGGCCUCUGGCACUUUUUCUUUACCGUCGUGGCCUUUAUCAACAAAACGAUCGAAGAGGAGCUCACGGUGCUGCAGCAGACUGUGCGCUGCCUCAAGGUCGAAGUCGAGCAGUACCAGUCGAAAAUCACCAAGCAAGCGGCCGUCGUCGACGCCAUGCGCGCCAAGCUCGUCCAGAAACACAAAGCGAUUGCGCUCGCGCGGGAAAUGUGCAUUCGCCAGCGCAACGAACUCAACCGGUACCUUGCUGCGGACCAGUCGCUUGUGCGCCUCACCAUGUCGUUCGUCCAGUCCAUCCAUGCGUUUUUCCCCGACAAGUCCACCACGUCGUCCACCGCGUGCCCGCCAUCCUCGAGACACUUUAGCGCCGCCGAAGCCCUCGACGAAAUGACCCGGACGCUGGCCCUCAAAUUUGCCUCGGCCUCCACGACAGAGUCCCACUUGCCGUCGGCGUCCCACAAACACCCCCAGCGCCUCUCGACCAUGCACCACGUCAACUCGAUCGCCGACGAUGCUUCGCGGAUGCUCACUCACUUUGACGUGGACUCGAUGGCGCCUGAGCUAGACGCGGCACAAAAACGCCUCGCCCAGCUACUGACCCUCAGCAGCCCCGACUGCACACUUGGAUGGGACGCCCAAGCCGUGUGGCAGCAUGCGUUUUUCAUCCCGCCCCCAGACGAAGUCGUCGAAAUGGAAUACCGCGUCCGCCACAUGAUCCUUCGUGUCGAGCGCGGCAUCGCGGCUCGCGGGUGCAUUCGCCGACGGAUGCACCGCGGCGUCCAAGUCGACCUGGGCACGGAACCUUCGACGCUUGCAUUGGAUACCAGCCCAUCGCACCAAACGACGCUGCGGAGCAUCCAACUCGCGGCAGGCUUUUGCCGACCCACGCCUCACGAUGCGACAGUCUCGUUGAAGCGCCAUGCGGAGCUCAAGAAGGUCGUCCCGGCGUCGUUUCAAAAGUAUAUCGUCCGCCUCAGCGCUGCGUACGUGCCGCACGACUACACCGUCAGCGCCGUCUCCCGGGUGCUCACGUACGUCGCCAAUACGCUCGUGGGCCAGCUCGCCGCCGGCGUCGACAUCCACAGCGACAUGACCAAGGCUUGCAUGCCCAAGGACAUGGCCGAGAUGGAAUCGCCGAUCGAAGCAGUGUACCGCGUGUUCUUGACUCGAUUUCGCGUCCCGCUCUUUGCCAACGAGCGCGUGAUGGAUUUGGUCACGAGCCUGAGCCACUUGGACACCCAAAGCGACAAGAUUUACUUGUGGUGUCGGCUGCUGCACUUGGCGGGGGUCGACCCGUUGCCCGCUACUGCGUUCUGGUUUGUCUUGCACGUGCUGCACGUGCUGGCCAAGUGUUCGCACGAUGGGUACUACACGUCCGAGACCAGCGACGACGUCGAGUACAUUGGGCAGCAGUCAGCAUGGGAUGCGCUUGGGAUUGUGUUUGCGUCGUUUCCGACGGAGGUCUUUCAGCGGUGCAAAACCAAGCUGAUCGGGCUAUCGCAGAUCUACGGCGCGAUAUGGAUCCCCAUCUAUACCAUCGUGGCCAUGUGCGUCGACGAGUGGGAGGCGCAGUACUUUGCCGUGCGCGUCGAGAUCGAAACGCGGUUUGCCAACGCGCUCAAAGUGGAUUCCCUCCACACGUUCCAUCAAGUCGUCUCGACGUACGUCCCGCGCGUGCAUGCAUACGCGGCCGCGACGACCUUCUCGACUGCUAUCCAGAUGUCGAGGUCGAGCCGCCCGACGCCGGCCGACUGCGCUGCUGCGUGUAUCCAAGCGGGGCUGGUCCCGCCACAUGCCGCCGCGCAAUUUGACAAGCUGUCUCUGCUCUUUGCAAUUCCGAGCGACGCCAUGACGGUGAAAACUUUGGAGCUGUCCAUGUCGUUUCUGUCCGUGGUGUGGACUACCACCAAAGACCAGCUCGUGCGAGCCAUCGAAGACAAGGCAGCAGACACGACGGUCGGGCUCCGACUCGUGACGCCCCUUGACCAUGCCACACAAGAAGACCCGCCCCAAGUCGCGCUGUGCUGGAACCUCCUCGAGCAGGUCAUUGCGAUCGCGUACUGUGGCAGAACCAGCACGUCCUUAAACUAGCAGGUAUCGAGCGCGCUCGCUGGACGUGCUCUCAACGACGCUCCAACGUACGGCCGCAUCGGGAAGGCGACAGGUCGGGAUGAACAUUGGCUCGUACGUGUUAUGGGUCCAGCUGAUGUGCCUCCAUCGCGACGGCAAUGCACGCGCUACAGAUUCCACCAUCAAAACAACAUCCCAUCGCGCUGUCGUUGGGAAACACUAGCCACCCAACAAGAUCCCGCAUGGACAACCCGUUGGUCCUACCUGGUGAACAUGGAGAACGGUCGCAUGUACGAGAUGAUGUGCUUCCCGUACGCCGCGUCCUACACAUCACAAUGAUCCGUCGAAUGCGAUCAUGGCGUUGACGCGAGCUGGCCGAAGCGCACGCACCCCUUCCCGAUCGAUUUGAAGCAACGACGGAGUCGCGGAACAAGAUGCGCGAACGUCCGCGACCGGGUU